AUGAGUAACGCGGCAGUGAAACGUGGUGAACGGGAGCAGGCGAUCAAGUUGGCGAUUAUUGCCAUUAAGUUUGGCAAGUCGUUACGGGCAGCUGCUGGAGAGUAUGGUAUACCCCGUACCACCUUGCUUCGCCACAAGCGGUUAAACGCUGGCCUGAUGGUGCAAGCGGACCCGCUACAUCCUACGAUAUCGAUGGAGGAUGUGCAAAUUUGUAAGCGCGGAAGACCACCGUUGUUCCCCGAGGAACCAGAACGGGCAUUCGAAAAGUAUUGCUUGCUAUGCUCGGACAAGUUCUUCGGUCUAACAUCCAGAGACAUUCGUGUGCUUGCACCACAAUUCGCGAACCAGCUGGGGAUUCCGGUUCCCGACAAUUGGAUCGCGAACGCAAAGGCAGGCCCUGUUUGGUUUCGGAACUUUCUGCGCCGAAGGCCGAACCUGUCGAUGCGUUCACCCGAGGCGACCAGCAUAGCCAGAGUCUCUGCUUUUAAUCCCACAAAUGUGGGCAAGUUUUUCGAUCUUCUACGCACAGUAGCCGAGAAUAUAACGUUCGAACCAAAUUCCAUCUGGAAUCUGGACGAGACUGGAGUGACAACAGUUCAGAAACCUCAACGAGUUGCCAGUCGCCGUGGAGUCAAACGUGUUGGUCGAGUAACUUCGGCCGAUCGGGGCCCGUUGGUUACGAUGGUACUUGCGGUUUCCGCCACUGGCAAUAAAAUGCCACCAUUUUUCGUUUUUCCUCGAAAACGUUUCCAUCCACACUUUCUGGAUGGUGGUCCAACGGGAUGCGCUGGAGCGGUGAGCAAUACAGGGUGGAUGAAUGCAGAUAUUUAUCUGGAUGUUCUCCGACACUUUAAAGCAUUUACGCGAGUGUCCAAAGAAAACCCGCUUUUGUUGGUUGUGGACAACCACGGUUCACACAGAAGUCUACCUGCAAUCGAGUUUUGCAGGGAUAAUGGCAUUCACCUACUUACAAUACCACCCCAUUGA